UGUUUGAGGCUGAAAAGUUUCCCAGCAGAGGGGAAAGUCCUGGAGCAGACUGAGGACAGCAGGAGGAGGAGGAGGGAGCAGUUUUCCCCUCUUCUACAGGCCUUUCUUCAGUGGGAGAAUGGGGGCUGGAGCUAUGACCAUCUGUCACAACAAGACAGCAGUGCAGGUGAGAGAGGACAUGAAGAAGAUGGUCCAGAUUCCCAUCCUGAGACCCAGAACGGUGGCGGCCAAGCACACCAAGCUGUUCGGAGUGUCCCUGUGUGAGCUGCAGGAGCAGGGCCUGCUGGAGGACGGAGUGCCGCUGGUGGUACGGAGGAUGGUCGAGCAUCUCCGCAAGCAUGCGCUGCAUCAGGAGGGUCUGUUCAGAGUGAACGGGAACGUCCGUGCAGUGGAGGCCCUGAAACAGCGGCUGGAAGCCGGGGAGGACCUGGACCUUCUGUCAGAGUCUGACUCCUGCACCGUGGCCAGCUUACUCAAGCUGUACCUCAGAGAUCUGCCAGGCGGUCUGGUCACUUCAGCCGUCCAGCAGGCGCUGAUAGAGCAGUAUGAAGAGAGCGGUGAUGGAGGCUCCUGGCUGGAGCUGAGAGACCUGCUCCAGCAGCUUCCAGACGUCCACCGCGGCCUCCUCCGUUACCUCUGCCGCUUCCUCGCGCUGGUGGAGAGCAACCACGACGACAACCGCAUGACCGCGCUCAAUCUCGCCACUGUGUUUGGACCCAGUGUCUUCCAUGUGGCCCCGACUUUUGAAGCUAUUAAAGACCAAAACAUCUGCAACAAGAUCAUGGUCAAACUCAUCCAGAACUACGACGGUUUCUUUGAGGCUGACGCAGACGGAGAGACUGAAAACCACACCGAGGAAGACCCGACCGUCAUCCUCGUCAAGGAGAUGCACGUGAGGGAUGCCGACACCGAGAAGUCCCCCAGUCACCUCGAUGCUCAGACACCGACGCCGGUUCCCAGGACAAAAAGUGUAAAUUCAUCUGGAAAUGCAGAACUUCAGAGUGAGUCCCCCUCAAACACCCCCAAGGCAAAGACAAAGAAAAAGAAGGUGAGGAAGGGGAAGAGAGACGGCGUGACUCAGCUCGGCCCCCAGCCCAGCCUCCCCAGCAGGGUGUCCCAUGCCAGCAGCCUGUCCAUCCCCGUCGUUCUGCCCCUGACCCCGGGGCGGAGGAGCCCCGGCCCGGAAGCCAUGGAGACGACCCCUGACCCGGACCUCUCGGACUGCAGCAGUGCGGAGGGACUCGGCAGCUCACAAGAAGAAGACAGGCCGAUCUCUCCGUUCUACAUGAGUAAUCACCUCUCGCCCGUCCACUGCAGACCACAGGUGGUAAACUUCCUGGACAAAACCAUCCGUUCAACAGUGGAGCAGCACCUGUUUGACAUCAACCUCCCGGAGGAUCCGACAACUGCAGGAAACUGUGUGUUAAACUCGCGUCCGUCGAGCCCAAGAGUGGCGCCAACGGCCCGGCAGAGACGCCGGCAGCAGAGGGAACAGCAGGAGGAGUACACCAGGCAGCCGGACAGAAAAAGAUCUGCAUCCAUCAGGGCUGACACCAACAAGGAGAACAUCCCAUCCGGCGGCAGCGGCAGCAGCGUGGGGGAGGACACGGGCAGCGGCGCAGACCCGCAGGGAGGGAGUGCAUCAAAUCAGCAGACCCCGAAACCCAGGAAGUGGAAGCACAACCCGACUCUCGUGCAGCUUAUCGACAACCAGGCCGACCUCACAUUGAAGGAAUGUUUUGGUGAAAGACCUGAAGGAAGCCACAUGGACACAUCUCAGAAAGAGAAUGCGAUUUCAAGAAGAGAUGGCGUUUCCUCUGCUUCGCAGACGCUCAGGAUGAAGAUCCAGGAGCCGCCCGUCGCCUGUGACUCCGGCAGGAGCGGCUCGGACCCGGACUGCGACAAGCCGAGCUGCGAGGACGUCCCCCGGCUGGACCUGACGGCGCUCACCGAGGACAACAACAACAACAACAACUGGGGAGAGCCGGUCCCGGCGUACCCUCUCCAGAGGGAGAGCAUGGACCGCGAGGAGGCCCGACUGUCGCCUCACGCCGGCGGGCGUCUGAUCCGCCAGCUGGUGGAGGAGGACAGCGACCCCAUGGUGUCCCCUCGCUUCUACGCGUACGGACAGUGCCAGCAGUACCUGGACGACACCGAGGUGCCUCCAUCGCCGCCCAACGCGCACUCCUUCAUCAGCCGCAGGAGGAGUUCGUCUCUGGGCUCCUGCGACGACGAGAAAGAGGAGCUGACCUCUGCUCAGCUGACGAAGAGGAUCCAUAUUCUGAAGAAGAAGAUCCACAGGUUUGAGGAGAAGUUUGAAGAGGAGCGAAAAUACAGGCCUUCCCACAGUGACAAAGCUGCAAACCCAGAAGUGCUGAGAUGGGUUAAUGAGCUGGCCAGGCUCCGCAAAGAGCUCAAAGAGCAAAAGUUGUUGAAGUCGGAGGAGGACCUGCCGCCCCUGACCCGCCAGCGCAGCAACACGCUGCCCAAGAGCUUCGGCUCGCAGCUGGAGAAGAAGCCCCAGCAGGAGAAGGUGCCCAAGCCGCCGGUGGACAGCACUCUGGAGGCCAUCCUGAAAAAGCUGCAGGAGAAGAGGGAGGAGGUGCACCGCCCCGAGGACAUCAAGGAUAUGACUCGGGAGCAGAUCGCAGCGGAGAAAGUGGCCCUGCAGAAAGCUCUGCUGCACUACGAGAGCAUCCACGGCCGCCCCGUGACCAAGAGCGAGCGGCAGAUCAUGAAGCCGCUGUACGACAGAUACCGCCUGGUGAAGCAGAUCCUGUGUCGGGCCUCCACCAUCCCCGUCAUAGGCUCCCCCUCCAGCAAGCGCCGAGGCCCCCUCCUUCAGCCCAUUAUCGAGGGUGAAACCGCACUUUUCUUCGAUGAUAUCAAGGAGGAGGAAGACGGCUCGGAGGACGACGGCGACGCCAAGACUCAGUUCACCGUGACGGUCCGGCCCGACCUCAGCGUGCUCAGCUUCCUGGAGCACAUGGACGAGGAGGGGGACGGGUUCAUCUCACCCGUGGACGAGCUGUCGCCCUCCAAGAACGCGCUGGACAUGAGGCUGUCCAACCUGCACUCCGCCACCACGCAGGAACUGGUGGAGCAGCUCCAAGAGGCGAGGGAGGAGAAGAAAAGGAUCCGCAAGAACCUGAAGGAGUUUGAGGAUCAGUUCCUCAGACAGAACGGGAGGAACGUGCAGAAGGAGGACCGCUCCCCGCUGGCAGUGGAGUACAACGAAUACAAGCACAUUAAGGCCAAACUGCGGCUGCUGGAAGUCCUCAUCAGCAAGAGAGACUCCACCAAGUUCAUCUGAGGAAUAAAAACCGUGUCCGGGAACGCUUCAGAAGGACAGUCCAACGCUUCUCGCCGCCUACGUGACAUUUUGGAUAUUUCUCCCGGAGGAUUCCCCCCCCCCCCCGCCCCCCUCUGAAAAACACCGUCUCCUGCUCCACCCUUAGACCUUUGUUACACGCAACAAAAAACCCGCCCCAAUCACAUUUGUACGGCUGAUAAUUUAUUUCUAUCCUUUUGAAUGUUUUUAUUGUAACAGAAACCUUAUUUUUCUCACGCUUAACUGUAGAGUUCGUUCAGAAAAAGAAGAAAAAAAAAACAAUCCUAGCAGUUAAAAGUUUAUAGAGCUAAAACUGUUGCUAUUUUUGAAGGAGGAUUCAAAAUGUUUGUGUAUUUUUGUAAGGGAGAAGUUACUGUUUGUAUCGGAGUAACAGUAUUCACUUAAUGAAUAGAUUCCUGUAUUUCAGUUGCGACCAUCAAAUAUUGUCUGAAAUAAUUUUGUUUUUGCUUCUAUAGAAGUUUGAUCAAGUACUUUGCUCACUGAAAGAAGUGUUCUCCUCUUUUACUCCGACCCAAAGACGAAGCGGUGUCCAGUCCGUGACCUCCGGCGCGCCGCGCGGCAUUCAUCUCGUACACGUCGACCCGCUUCGGCUCCACUUAUACUCCAUUGUUCAAUAAGCUACUGUCGUCUGUGAAUCGCUGGGAUGUGUUUGCCUCACGUUGAUUAAUGGCGGCCAGGCCGCAUUGUGAGACUGGAUGGAGGGCGGUAAUGGUCACUAAAAGCCCCGCAUCCCCCCCCCCCCCCCCCCCCCCCCCCCCCCCCCCUCCGUCGUCCCCCGCCCGGAGUUGGUUUUUUGUAAAUAUGGAUCACUGUGUAUGUUUACAUUUCUGUGAGCGAGUACUACUUUCCUUUCUUUCUCCAAAAUGGAUGAUUAUCAGUGUGUUUUGUUUUUACUGAAUGUAAAACACUGGCCAGGCGUAAUGAAUUUUGAGUGUGUACAUUUUAGUACAUAAAUUGUAUUUUGUAUAUAACAUGAAUGAAAUCAUAUUUUUACUGACA